UCCAAUGGCUCCGUUUGCGUGCGCACCUUCGCUCUUGCGCGCCCAGCGUCUCGCUUGCGCGUGCGUGAGCGCGUCAAAUCAUGGGAAUAUGUACAUUCUAGUGAGAUUCUUCAAUAAUGUCAUCCUCAUGCUCAUCAACUUUUUAAUUGCAAUUUAUUUUGGACGUCGGUUCUUCAUUGCGAUGACGCGACAUUACAAGAUCGUCAGCGAAAUUACGGAGUUCAACGCGAUCGUGGGGGAGGCGAGGGAUAGCCUGGAUUAUGUCACGACAAAAAUUGCGGCGCUUAUGAGAGAUGUGAAUUAUUGUCAGAUCGAAGGAGAUAUCGCUGAGGAGCUUCAUGUGACUCACAACCUGACAAAAUUGAGCUCAAGAACUUCACUUUUGUUGAAAAGAUAUGGAGAAGUUGAAGAGCGAGUGCUGGAGUUUUUCCGAAUGAACGAGAACAUGGCGAAUGUCCAGCUGGAGACCCCGGACGAUAUAAAGUCGGAGAUGAAGCGAACAAUAAGAAAAAUAAAACAGGACCAACUGGGCCGUUACACAAAAACCGUGACCCCAAUUUCGGACAGUGUUCUGACAUGACAAACAAC